ACCAUCAUCCUCUUUAUAUAUCCUUCUUCAUCAUUUCCAAAUUUUGAUUAUUUUCUUCUUUUUUAUUUUAUUUUUAUUUAAAAUUUGAAACUGCUAACAUUAUUACAUUUUAAUUAGCCUCAAGAGAAGAAAAAAAAAUGUCAUCGAAUUCAAUGUCUGCUUCAUGGACAGCCAAGCAAAACAAAGAUUUCGAAAGGGCUUUAGCUGUUUACGACAAGGACACACCAGAUCGUUGGUACAAUGUUGCUAAAGCUGUGGGAGGGAAAACUGUUGAGGAAGUGAAGAAGCACUAUGAGCUUCUUCUUGAAGAUGUUAGACACAUCGAGUCGGGUCGGGUUCCUUUCCCCGACUAUUGGACCGUUACCGGGAAUCGUCAAGCAUGAAAAAUUCCAAAGCUCAAAUGAAGAAGAAAAAAUGGUGGACUUGCAUGGAUCUCACCCUUAUAUGUAUGUGUGUGUGUGUGUGUGUGUGUGGCAGUAAUUGUAGUACUUAAGAAUAGCCAUAAAUGUAUUUAGGAAGAGGAAGAAGAGCUUAAUGGGUGAUCAUUGUUUCCUCUUUUGUUUUUGUUUUUAAUUGAGGAAGGAAUGUUAUUGUAAUAUAUAUAUAUAUAAAGUUAUGUAGGGUGUGAAGUGUUUUUAUUUUGAGAAAAUCAAUAGAUCAAUAAUGCUGAA